GCGGAGGCAGAACUGUAGAUGCGUCUGAGGAGAGAACAUGCAGAGUGUAUGAAAACAUGUUCAGCAGCAGGAUGGCGUGAGAGAGCCGUGCUGAGGGGGCAAAGGCAAUAGUGUAACGCGCGUAGGACCGUGAAAGAGGAGACAAGGCGCAUUUCUCGUGACAUUUUUCUUGGAAAUGGAUGCCGCUCACUCAAAGCGUACCGGAAUGCUUGCGCUUCUCCCUUUCAUGAUCUCCUGCCUGAGUGGAGCAUUUGGAAACGAUAAUUGUGAUGGCCAGCUGGUCUCAUCUCUGCCUCAAACCUCAUUCAACAGCUCCUCCCAGUUGUCCAACAUUCAUAGCCCUGGAUUUGCCAAGCUUAACAGAAGAGAUGGCGCUGGUGGAUGGUCCCCAUCGGAGUCUAACAAAUAUCAAUGGCUUCAAAUCGAUUUUGGCCAAAGGACUGAGAUAAGAGCUGUUGCUACUCAGGGGAGGUACGGCAGCUCAGACUGGGUUACCAGCUACCUUCUGAUGUUCAGUGACACAGGCAGGAACUGGAAACAGUAUCGCCAAGAGGGAAGCACCUGGGGUUUUUCUGGGAACACAAACGCUGACAGUGUUGUGCAGUACAGACUACAGCAGCCUGCAAUCGCUCGGUUUCUACGCUUUGCUCCCCUAGAAUGGAACUCAAAUGGGAGGAUUGGCAUGAGAGUGGAGGUGUAUGGGUGCUCAUACAAGUCUGAUGUGGCAAGUUUUGAUGGCAGCAGCUCAUUGCUCUACAGGUUCAAUCAAAAGUCAAGUCAAACAACCAAAGAUGUUAUUUCCGUGAAGUUCAAAACACUGCAGAACUCUGGGAUAAUGGUGCACGGUGAAGGACGACAUGGAGACAGCAUAACGCUGGAGUUGCAUGAGGGCAAGCUUCUGCUAAGAAUAGGGAAAACAAGGUCAUCUACUGAUGACAGCUAUGCCCUCGUGACACUGGGCAGCCUGUUGGAUGACCAGCACUGGCACUACGUGGCUAUCGAACGCAUCAGAGGGAACAUCAACUUCACCGUGGACAGGAUCACGCGUCAGUUUGAAAUCAAGGGAGACGUCAGUCACGUUGAUAUGAUUAAUGAGCUCAGCUUUGGUGGUGUCUUGGACCACAGAAAAUUAAGAGCACUUUCCAGGAGGAAUUUCCAUGGCUGUUUGGAGAACCUGUUCUACAACAAUGUGAAUGUCAUAGACUUUGCAAAACACAAUAUUCAGGUAUCUGUUAAGGGCAAUGUGACAUUCGCUUGCUCUGAGCCACCAAAUGUCCCAGUGACAUUCCUGGGAAGUAAGAGUUACCUCCAGGUGUCUGGAGCGCAACACAGAGCCAGCCUGUCUGUCAGCCUACAGUUCAGAACGUGGAACAAAGGAGGACUGCUGAUGACUACAGAGCUGCACCAACAUGCCGGAACACUGUGGCUCUACAUCAGUGAGGGCAGAGUCAGGUUGCAGCUAGCCAAGUCUGCAAGGAUUCUGGCAGAUGUCACAGCAGGACCCAACUUAAAUGAUGGCCAAUGGCACUCUGUGGAGUUUAACGCCAUGAGAGGACUGUUAACAGUUGAUGGAGAGAAAGGAUUUGUUGUACCUGGUGGUUCCUCUUUCCAUGUUGCUGAUGGAAACCAUUACUUUUUUGGUGGUUGCCCCAACAAUAAAAGUAGUCCAGAGUGCAGCAACCCAUAUGGUGUUUUUCAAGGGUGCAUGAGACUUAUAAAGAUUGGUAAUAAUAUUGUAGAUCUGUCCAAAGUGCAUCAAGCCAUCAUUGGAAACUUCAGUGAUUUGCAAAUGGAUACAUGUGGGAUCAUCGAUAGAUGUUCCCCUAACCAUUGUGAACAUGGAGGAAGAUGCUCACAGUCCUGGAAUAUGUUCUACUGCAAUUGUUCCAACACUGGCUACACAGGGGCAACAUGCCACAGUUCUGUCCACGAACAAUCUUGUGAGGCAUACAAACACAAAGGAAACACAUCGGGGUUUUAUUACGUAGACGUGGAUGGAAGUGGUCCACUCAACCCCCAGCUGGUCUUCUGCAACAUGACAGAUAAAGCUUGGACAGUGAUACAGCAUAAUAACACAGAACGCACAAAAUUAAAAUCGUCCAAAGGGGCAAAUCAGCACUUUGUGUACUUGAACUAUUCUGUCAAUGGCGAGCAGCUCCAGGCUGUAAUCAACCAGGCUGAGCACUGUCAGCAGGAGCUGUCUUACCACUGCAAACAGUCACGGCUCUUAAACUCACCCGGCGGAGAGCCGUUCAGCUGGUGGGUGGGGAGGACGGACGAGGCGCAGACAUACUGGAGCGGAGCAGUGCCCGGGAGUCAGAGGUGCUCCUGUGGCCUGCAGGAAAACUGCAUCCAACCAGAUCGCCACUGCAACUGCGACGCUGAUAUGAAAGAAUGGACAAGCGAUUCAGGUCUUCUGUCUUUUAAAGACCAUUUGCCUAUCACCAAAAUAGCUUUUGGUGAUCUGAACAGGGCAGGUUCGGAGGCAGCUUAUAAAGUUGGACAUCUACAGUGCUAUGGUGACAAGAACUUUUGGAAUUCAGCAUUUUUCAACAAAGAGACAUCCUAUCUGCAUUUUCCUACAUUCCACGGGGAGCUCAGUGCUGACAUAUCCUUUUUGUUCAAGACCACAGCCUCAUCUGGUGUUUUUCUGGAAAAUCUGGGAAUUAAAGAUUUCAUUCGGAUUGAGCUCAGCUCGCCGUCUGAAGUGGUUUUCUCAUAUGAUGUGGGAAAUGGUCCUUUUGAGAUGAGAGUGGAGACGCCCACCAAGUUAAACGACAACCAGUGGCACCAAGUGAAAGCUGAGAGGAAUGUGAAAGAAGCAUCUCUUCAAGUGGACCAGCUACCGACCAGGUCACAGAAGGCUCCCACAGAUGGACACAUUCACCUACAGCUCAACAGCCAAUUAUUUGUAGGAGGCACCGCUUCAAGGCAGAAAGGCUUUCUGGGGUGUAUACGGUCUUUACAGUUAAACGGAAGGACGCUUGAUCUUGAGGAAAGAGCCAAGAUUACCCCUGGAGUCAGCCCAGGCUGCCCAGGGCACUGCAGCAGCUAUGGCAGCCUUUGUCAGAACGAGGGGAAAUGUGUGGAGAAAUACAACGGGUUUGCCUGUGAUUGCAGUGCGUCCGCUUUCACAGGACCAUUCUGCUCAACAGAGGUGUCUUCUUACUUCAGAUCUGGAACAUCAGUGACAUAUUCUUUUAAGGAACUGAAUAAAAACUCAAGUGCUCAGACGUCCACAGUUUACUCUGAUUUAAGCCUAGAAGGAGAGACCAUCGCUUUCAGCUUCCGAACAACUCAGACACCAGCACUGCUGCUCUGUGUUAGCUCCCACUACAGGGAAUACAUUGCCAUUCUUAUCAACAGAAAUGGUCAGUUGAAUAUUGUAUAUAAACUGGACGAUGAGAAAGAUGCAGAGGUUUUUAGAAUAAACCGGAGAAACAUGGCAAAUGGGAUGCUCCAUAAAGUGAAUAUCACAAGGGAAGCAGAAACUCUAACUGUUCAGAUUGACGAACAUCCAAGGGAAUAUUUCAUUGUAACAGCUGAUGUCGAAUUCAACUCUAUCAAGUCUCUUGUUCUUGGAAAGAUUUUAGAGAGUGAUGGACUGGAUCCUGAGAUCUUUAGGAUCAGCACACUGGGCUUCAGUGGGUGCAUCUCAGUGGUGCGAUUCAACACCAUUUUCCCCCUGAAAGAGGCUUUGCUGUACCCUAGUGCUAACAAUAUCAUCGUCACAGGAAAGCUGGGGGAGUCCACCUGUGGAUCCUCCAAUCCCUUUGACACUGAUACCAUCCGUUCCCUCUCAGAUCAUUCUGGUGCAAAAGAUAUGGGUGAACUAAUAGUAGAUGCCGUCAGGAGUGACUCUGCUGUUAUUGGAGGUGUCAUCGCUGUUGUGAUCUCUGUACUGUUUUGUGCGUUGGUAAUAAUGGUAAGGUUUUUGUACCGACUAAAGGAGGCCUAUCGGAUCAGGGCCUCCAAAAGCCCCAAAACCGAUCCUAGCCCUCAUUCCACUUUCAACAAUGACAUGAAUCUUCAGAGUGCACUGAGUGAAACCCAAAAGGAAUACUUCAUAUGAUCAGCGCUCCCACCUCUCCGAUCUUCAGCUGAACGGUCAAGGCAAACUGCGGAUGCUAAAUGACAUUCCCCCCAAAAAAGCUGUCAAUUGCUGUUUUUGUUGUUGUUUAUUUGACAUAGUGGCAAUACUUUGUUUCCUUUCUCUCACGUUUUGAAUUGAUCAUGGUACUUUGUGAACCAAAGCAAGAAAUGACAAUGCCAAUGUAACUUUGGUCUCACUGACAGCUUAUCAAUUUAGAAUC